CAGUCGUCGUUGUCAUAAUUUACUUACGUCAAAUACGACGCACAUUUUGCAUCAAUGUUGCAUUGCGUAUGCACAUCAACGUCCUCGUAAUAAUCGGUCGAGCCUUUAUGAUUCCAUUUUCCUCACAGUCAAAGCCAAAAGUACCCAGCAAUAAUGAUAUCUCCGCAUCCAAUGAGAAGCGCUUCUAGAUGGAUGAUACCCAACACUUUUCGUCGGUGUACCACCUCGGCAAGAAGUCUGUCGUCUCUUCCUUCGUCCAGAGACGCAGACGGGUCUGGUCCGUCUAAAGAUAGAGAUACUAACGUUACCGAGGAUCAUACUCCACAUCCUUCAUCAGUCUUGUUUCCGUGGAGAUAUGAAUCAUCGCCAGUUGCCCGUCUAAUUCCGGGGACUCCCGAACAUUCGAAAGUUGGACUUCUGCUUACGAGCCAAAGUCAAAAUGUCUACGGCAGCUCCUCUUUGAACGCUAUCGUCACGGCAUAUAUGUUUCUGAACGUUCCUUGGUACGAGCUUUUUUGGAUUUCACAUUUCAAAGAUGAACUUUCCUCGAAUAUGUCCUGGUCCUUCACACAGGGCGUCGCAAGCCUGCUGUCGAAUCUCCCCUCGUAUGGCGGAGGAAACCCGAUACCUGCCAAUCGAAUAAUUUCCGAAGAGGCAGACGGGACGUGUCGAAUAGACUUUCGGGAGACCAUCGAAAUCUCGAGUGUUGGAAAUAGUGCAUAUCGCAUCAGUGUUUUGGAUGAAGAUGAAAAUGUUGACGGCAUGGAAAAUAACGGCAGUAGCUGCAGUGAUCCCAUUGACAGAAAUGCAGUGCAACUCCGACAAAUGUUUCAUGAAAAGGUCCUUGAACUAUACCAGUCUUCCAUGGACAAGACUGCAGCAAUGCCUGAAAACGACAGUUCUGGAACUUUGGUGAAAAACACCCAACGACUGGAAGUACGUUUAAAAAUGAACCCCUAUGAUACCAAAUUUAUUGGCCUAUAUGCCAUCCCUUAUCUGUCGAGAAGGAACGCAAAGAGCGACGCCUCGCUGUUUAAUCUGUAUCGCAAGAUGCUGAACACAACUUCGAGUGGUCGGGCAACCUACCUGAGUCAGUUGCGACAGGAACACUUGGAAACCAAUGGAUACAUGGAGAGCACCAUCAUUGCUCAGUGUUUGGUUUGGUGCGAGGAACUCUUUUACGUCAAGGAUCUGGCAACAGGACAGAUUUUGCAGGGAAAGGAAGUUGACGAGGAUUCGUCUUUAUCUGGUGCAACAGAAACCCAAAAGACACCCCAUCUUGUUCGAAUGGAGAGAACUGUCAUUACGAAGAGGGAUCCAAGCACAGGGAAUUUUGAUAAUGAGCGGGAAAAUUGGAUCAUCACCGAUAUUGACGAUUUAGUAGACGGCAAUUUGCUGGUCUAGUUCUACCAGUUGUUGGUUUGCUCAGUUAGUCACUGUAGUCCUCAUCAGAAUUUGUUUUGAUACAGAAGUGAAUGUGUUCAUCAUAAUUCCAUUGUAGGAUAACAAAGUGUUUCAUUUCAA